CUCCAUUACCCCCAGUAUUCGUGGAGUCUGCCCCAUUGACUGCCCUGUUUGACAGUAUCCAGAGCUGGAGAUUGUCACGGUCAUGUCGAGUUCAUACGCGUCGGACCCGGAAUGGGCCUCCAUUGAGCCCAUUCCCCUGGAUGAUGGCGCCGACGCUGGUGCCAUGCCGUUGGCCACGAUCGCCUAUCCCCAAGAGUAUCUGGAAGCGACAUCGUACCUACGGGCGGUUAUGGCGGCCAAUGAGAUGUCCGAGAGAGCCCUGAAAAUGACUCAAGACGUGAUCUCCAUGAACCCUGCCCACUACACCGUCUGGAUCUACCGAGCCAAAAUUAUCUUCGCCCUAGAAAAGGACUUGCUCCAAGAGCUGGAAUGGCUGAACGGCGUCUCCCUCAAGUAUCUUAAGAACUACCAGAUCUGGCAACACCGCCAGGUAGUCAUGUCGUCGCGGACAUACUUCCCCGAACCCCCAGUCAAGGAGCGAGACUUCCUCAUGGAGAUGUUCGCCCAAGACUCCAAGAACUACCACGUCUGGACCUACCGCCACUGGCUGGUACGCCACUUCCGGCUGUGGGACGACCCGCGGGAGACGCAAGACAUCGACGCCCUGCUGACCGCAGACGUGCGCAACAACUCCGCCUGGAACCACCGGUUCAUGCUACGCUUUGGUCCCCGCAGCGACGAGCCCGACGCCGGCAUGCCCAACUGCACCGCGUCCGACCCCGCCCAGAAGGGCCGUCUAGCCGUUGUGGACGAGGACGUCGUCGACGCCGAGCUGCGCUUCGCCCAGGAGAAGAUCCUGCGCGCGCCCGAAAACCGCAGCCCCUGGUCGUAUGCGCGGGGGGUGUUGCGCGCCGCGGGCCGCCCGCUCGCCGAGUGGGAGGGGUUUGCGCGGCAGUUCGUGACUGUCGGAGAGGAGGAGGCCGAGGCGGACGUGAAGAGCAGCCAUGCGCUCGAGUGGCUGGCGGAUGUGUAUGCGGGCGAGGCCGGCAGUGCGGACGCCCCGCGGACGGCGGGGGCGGUGCGCAUGCUGACGCUGCUCAAGGAGAGAUACGAUCCUAUCCGGAGUAGUUAUUGGGAGUAUCGGAUUGGGAUGAUCACGCCGGACGUGGCUGCUUCUGCGUAAUGAAGUUGACGAAUGAACUUUUUUUUUCACUGCUAUUACUAUUACUAUCGUUUUGCAUCG